UAUGGGCAUUUUAACAAUUGCACGAACAGCAAAAAAAUCACAACAAACGACCAGAAAACUGUAAUCCAGAGCGUUAAAUGACGAAUCAAACAACACGUUUCACGAGCGUUGGCGUCGUUCGAGGCAGUUUGACGAUUAAGUCGCCAAGUUUAAGCGAGAGCAUGGCCGCGUGGUCCAGUGGGUCGUCUGCUAUCCAGGGCGGGGCAGAUCCACUUGCACCUGUGUUGUCAUGGUUACCAGAAUGUCAAAGGUCAAGUGGUCGUUGUGGGUUGGAAGACCGUCUUGCCAGACUGUCACCUGUUGUCAUGGUGAAUUGUGUGACACCUAUAGAUGGUGUGGGUAGUACAUCUGAUGACACAUGUCUGGUUUCUCACGGUAACCGAACCCUGCGGAAGAGAAAACUGGUUGAUUACUGUGAUCGCUUCAUUAGACAGAAUGGCAAGGUGACAUUUGUGGAAUACAAGCUACCUGCAGCCACAUCCAAGACAAAAGAUGAUCUUGAAUUAGAUUUCAAUGUGCUUUCUGAUGAAUGUUUGAAACAAAGUGAUGUAUUAUCCCAACCUGGAACCUUGGGAUCUAACAAGGUUUCAACAGAUGUUCACCCAAUAGUGCAUGAAGGUAACUUUACUGCAUUGAGAACUAAUGAUUGUGCCGCGGAUAGCUCUGCUACUGAAGAGUGCAGUGGUGCACAAAGUGCCUUAGAAUGUUUAGCGUCUGUGGCUGCAACAGAGUGGUCCCAUUUCCAGCUGGUAAAUAGCCAUCCAGAAAUCAAGGAAGCUGGGAUAAGUGAUAGUGAUUCAAACGGUGUGUACAUGCUGAGGCCCAAGAAGCCAGUCAAGUAUUUCGGUACAAAGAUCAGUCAUUUUGGUAUGGUAAAUGAGGGGAGAAAGAAAAACAAGAUGACCGAUAUGGAAAUACAUAGUGAUUUGAACUAUGACAUUCAUAGAUUAUCUAAAACUGCUUUAGAUCAUUUUAAAGAACCCACUGUUAGAACAAUACCAGCUGCUGGAGGCCAGAAUGCUGGAAUAGAAGUGAAAAUUGCCAGUGAAACAGUCACAAACAUGCAGAUUAAUUGUCCUGAUGCUGUUCAUGAAAGUGUAAGUGCAGAUGAUGCUAAUUAUGAAGGUGGAAAUAAUGAACAUGAAACAUUGAAUGCAGCAAAACUCACUUCAGUUACCAAGAUGAAAGAUUUGGGUUCAGACAAUCCAGAAUGUUCUGUCUUUCAUUACAACAAAGGAGAAGAAAUGCAGCAAAUGCGUUUUCGUUCAACAACUUUACACUCAGUUUGGUCUAAACAAAUUACAGAUGACACAAAUGUUAGAAAUGAUGCAAAUGUUGAAAAAGAUCCAUGUGUUGCAAUUGAUGCAAAUGUUGGAAAUGAACAGUUGUCCAACUUACUGAUUUUCCAAAAGGAACAUUCCAACAGAUGUGAAAAAGUAAACAAAGACAGGAAAAAAAUUACGAAAGAAAUUGACAAAGCUGCAAGGAACAUUUUUAGAAAGGAAAAGCAAAAAUGUGCAAAGGUAUUUUGCAAAGAAAUGCGAAGCCUGUUAAGUGCCGUUGACCCUUAUUUUCAAAGUAUUCCUGUGACUGCUGGUAGAAAUUUGAGGAAAAAAGCUGAGACCAAAUCAGACGAAAAAUUGUCCCUUGAAACCAAAUCAAAAGACCAGAAUGUACCGAUACAGCACCGCGAUAUAACGGACCGUGAAGUAUUGGAGUUGCAGUGUUUUGAUAACAAUCAUGCAGAGUUGUCCGUGAGUCCUGACCAGACAAAUACAAUCGUAGAGCAAGUUGGGAUGUCAGAAGAUAAUGAGGAGAGUUCAGAUACUGAGAAUGACAAAGACACAAAUGAUUGCCAUCCAAGUCUUUUGUCAAGAAAAGGUGAUUUUCAUGAGGACAAUUAUGUUGCUUGUACUGCAGAAGGCAGUGUAGAUGAAAAUUCUGCACAUCCAACUGGACACUCCCUUGUUCAUACUGGACUCUCUGAUAGUCUGCAAGAGCAGGCAUGGGACCUGGGCUCGAUGACUGAAGCGAUACAGAAUGGGAAAAAAUUCUCUGCCAAAUCAGCUGACAAGGAUGUUACAGUCUCAGCAGAAUGGCCCCUAUCUGGGUCACUGGUCUGGGCCCAGUUUGGCAAGGGACGUUGGUGGCCAGCACUGGUGGUCACUGCAAAUGCAGUGAAAAAGACGCACAGACCAGGAUUUGUCUGGGUGUAUUGGCUAGCGGAAAACAAAGUGUCACAGUUGAGAACCUGCAAUGUGGAAUUGUUUGGAGAGGCAUACAGCAAGUACACCAAGCAGAGGCAUGGAAGUCAUCGCAUGCAGUUGCUGAAAAUUGGAAUUCAAGCAGCCCUUUCUAUUUGUGCUGGUGAGCUAGGCUUGGAUGUGAGUUCUAUCCCUGACCUGGAGGUGUGGGCUUGUAGCAGUGACGGAGUUGCAGCUCUACUCAGAAAUGAUGAGAUGGCAUGCACUGUGAGAGAACUUCCCAAGUGUGUUCUAGAACACCUCAACAACAUAGCAGGCAAGCAUAAAAACAAUGUCAAACACACUGCAGUUGAAGCAAGGGCCUCAGGGAAGCCUUGUAAGGAGGAGGCCACAGCUGACACCAAUGUGCCAGCCUGUAAUACAAGCCAGCCAGAGCAGAAGGCCUGCUGGGUGUGCGGGGAGUUGUGUGAGGGCAGCUGGCCACACCCAUUCUUUGAAGGAGAUGUCUGUCACAACUGCAAGGAAGUUCUGCUUAGCAACCUCUACGCUUUUGACAAAGAUGGUACAGCUAUGUUCUGUUGCAUAUGCGGUGAUGGUGGCAAGCUUUUUGUGUGCGAUGUUAAGUCAUGUGCAAGAGCAUUCUGCUGUGACUGUGUGCAAGAGAAGACCAGUUUGGAGAUUGUGCAAAGGGUGAAGGAAUGCCAACGCUGGCAGUGUUUUGUAUGCACCCCAUUCUCACAGAGUACCCACGGUCAGUUGGUGACUCGACCGGACUGGCCACUGAAAAUGGUCAAGUUCUUCUUGCCAAGUAUUAUUCCUCAGAUGAAAGACAUUCAGUGUGCAGCACCCAAGAAAAGGAUCAGAGUUUUGUCAUUGUUUGAUGGCAUUGGCAUAGCCCAUGUUGCCUUGGCCGACCUGCAUCUGGAUAUGGAGGUGUACUAUGCUGCCGAGACCAACAUGGCUGCCACUCUGGUGUCGUCUAGACAGCAGGAUGUACGUCACCUUGGCAAUGUGUUGGACAUCAACACGGCAAAAUUGCAGGACAUUGGUCCCAUAGAUCUACUGAUUGGACAACCACCCACUGCAGAUCUGGCUACCAAUAGAAUUGACAGGAAGGGAUUCAAUGGUCCAAGUAUGCUGGUCAUGAAGUAUAUGUCCAUCAUGAGCUCUCUGCACUCACUGUUCCCUAGCAAUCAUGUCUACUGGUUAAUGGAGAGUACCCCAUGCCUGCAGCCGGAGUACAAACACAUAAUUGAUAACUUACUUGGGAUUGAGGGUGUAGUGUGGGAUGGUCUGAAUAUGGCUGGUAGGCGCUGGGCCGCAAGAUUCUGGGGAAACAUUCCUGGACUCUACAGCACUGUUGAGUACUUUGAGCAGAACCAUGAUCGUAUUGUCAAGUUUGACUUAAGACAUCAAUGUACAGAGAACAUUCAAGAACUUGAAAGACUGUAUGGGUUCCCAAGACAUUACACAGAUGUUGGCCCUCUAGAUACACCUCAACGAAGAUUGCUCCUGCAAUCUGCUUCCUGUGUCCCAGUCAUCAAGCACCUUUUGUCGCCCCUGACAACUUGUUUCGAGAUCAAGGACAUUUUAAACUGCCCUGAAUAAAGUCCUGUAUAAAUAAGAAUUGCUUGAGUUUUAUAUGACAGGCUCUACUGGUUGCAUGAUUGCAACAAUAAUAUAACUUUUGGUGUGGGGAUGGACAGGCACAGAGACACUGAGCACACCCUCCACAUGAACAGCAUGUAUUUUGGCCGCCUAUUCAAGCAAAAGAAGUAAAAAAAAACAUUGGGGAACAUAUGAUGUAAGGUGUUCACAUCAAACCAUUAAAUUGCUUAUGUGAAUGCAAUGAAUGCAUAAAAUUCCUCAGCUUACUUGUUUAAAAUUAAUUUUGGAUGAUGGGCAAUAAAUGAAGUUCAUGCGGAAGUAAUACAGUUUAACAGCCUAUUCAUUGUGUAUCUGCAUUUAAUUUAUUAAAACUAAUUAGAAAUGGAAAGUAUCAUUAUACAAGCUUUUUAUGUUGAUAUUAUUUUUGUAAUGCAUCUAUUCUAUUUAGGUAAUAUCUUGUGUCCAGAAUAGUCUUGCAUUUUGCCUAAUAUAUGUCAUAUUGUUACUUCCAAUUGUCCCAUACAAUUUGUAAAUGGUAUAUUAAUUUCUAAUAUUUACAUAAUCGCAGGAAUGUGGAUUUUCAGGAGAUGAUAUCACUUUAGCUAUUUUCUAUAGUUUUACUGUCUCCAUUAAAUAUUCGCUGCAUUGUCUGAGAAUUAUGUUGACCUCAAAUUUAGGCCAAGUUUGAUCAUCAGCCAUAUGGCCACAUGCUCUUCAGAUUUUUUACCAUUUGUUUAUGAAGAAAAAGCAAAAUAUGGCGUUUAUUUCAGUACCUUGAUGAUACCAUGUGAACAUUAUUGUUUAGCCUUUUACCAUGUGAACAUUGUUGUUUAGCCUUUUAUUUUGUUGUUGUUUUUUGUGCACAAAAUAUUUGCAUCCAUGUACAUAGACACAAUCGUUUCGUAUGUUUUGUAAAAUGCUACUUAAUAAUUUUGCUUGUCACUAAAUACACACAACACAAUAUGAUUGUGUCUACAUGAUUCUAUCUACUAGUAUUUAAAGUGGUCAUUUUCAACAUAAUCAUUCCUUAGUUCUGUUAAACUUUAUUAUCGUUCCUUUAAUAGAAUGAUUUAGAAUUACUUAGCACAAACGUUUGUCUCUGUUACAUGUAGACUGUUUAGGACCCAAUAUCACAUGAACUAAGUUUGUGGGUCCACUGUCAAGCUGAGGUGUUAAGAUAUAAAAAAUAUACAGGAAUUACUGUUUAAAUAUGUUUCACAAAUGUGUUACAUGUCGUUAACAACGUUAAUAACUUGGCCAUGAAUGUACAUGCUUUUAUAUUUGAGUACAGUAACGACAUAGGAAGCUGGAAGAAGAUAUUAUAAUAUGAAAUCAUGAAAAAGUUAAAUCUCUCUUUUUUGCUUUUUAUUUGUUUUACAACUUAAAUCAUGUGAAAAGUUCAUUUUCUUUAAUCAAAAGUCCAGUAAACGUACUACUUAAUUAUGUUUGGUCAAAAAGUUGUGUCAAUUCAAGCAACACAUGUUGGGUAUAUGUUGGUGCAGUCCAUAUCCUGUUAUGCUCACCUUGGCACAAAGAGCCUUUUGGUGAGCGUGUGUGACUGUUUGUUGUCCGUCCUCAUCUCCACAUGUCAUCUACUUAGGGAAAACCACAUACCCAGGAGGUUAAUGUAUCAUGGCAUGAAACUUUUUAUGGUGGUCCAUUAAAUAGAUGGCCAAGAGUUAAAUUAAGUCAUGCCUCGGAGGUGCACGUUCCAAGUGGCUUAGAAGGUCGCUGGUAAGCAUCCCAUGGCUCUUUGGGGGUUUCUUGUUUUAAAUUAGCUCUCAUUUUACUUGUUUUCAUUUUACACUAGUGUACAUGUAUUUGAAUGGCAUGUGUUUCAUACAUUUUUCUUGUUUAUGUUUUUUAAAGUGUUAUUUGUAAGAUUUAUUUGUUAUUUUGGAAACUAGUUUCGUUCUACUGUUUUAUAUUCUACAAGCCCGUAUUAUGGAAACUCCCAAAGGCGGGCUAGUUGCGUCCAGAAGAACGAUAUUAGGUAUGUAACUCUUACAAGUUUAAAUUGGAUCAUUAUGAAACUUAGUAAUAAUGUUGGUGUGAUUCAAAUCUCGACGAACUUCGAAAGCCAACUAGAAUGCUUGUUCAAAGCGCUUCUAAAUUACGGCCCUGGAUGGCAUGUUUGUGAUCAUACCAUCUCAAUUUAGGUAGAUUUUAAUAACAUAAUUUUCAUGAACAGCCAUUCUCUCGGAUGACAUUUUAAUUCAGGACCCUUUAUUAUACUUUUAAAACGCAAAUUUAAAUUCUAAAGCGUCGUCCACACUCGAUUUAGCAUAGUCCACUCUCUAACUCCGUACAUUAUAAAUGGGAUCAGCAUAAAACUGCGUGCUAUUGUGAGCAUUUUAUCUCGGCCAAAAGUGAUAACCAAAUAGAUGGCAUGAAACACUUCUGAAUUAUGUUUAACGAGGUGUUUACAAACUUUUAUAACCAGCUAGUAUAUCGCUUGAAGCAUUUGUGAAAGUCGACCGCUUUGUAAGUCAAAAAGAUUUAAUCGUAUGGUCGUCAGACUCGAUCAAUCUAAUCCAGACCUUUCAAUAGAAGUAUUUGGUGACAAGUUCUGAUGCUUUAUUUUUGUUUGCGAUUUUUUGUUACCGACACCUGUUCAGUUUCUUGGCUAUUGCAAUUGUUCAAUAAAAUUUAAUGCUUU